AUGGCAAAGUUACUCGCAGCACUCCUUCUGCUUCCCAUAGCCCUCUGCCAGCAGGUCAAUGGCAUCUCUUACUCCUUUGACCGGAUGGGACUGAGCUCUUCCUGUCUAGAUGCUGUCAAUACCACUGUCUCGUGUCCUGCAUGGUUGCCUCUCCAUAUCGGCUUUGAGGACGCUACUGUCAAGCUCUUACCUGAGGAUCAGUUGAAUGACCUUUGCGAAACCCCAUGUCUGGAUGAACUAGCUGCUCUCCGUCCACGUAUCCAGAGCGCGUGUAAUGCUUCAACUGAUGUGAUGAUGCCACGAUCCAUCGCAUAUCCGGCGACAUAUAUCGUGGAUCGAUACCUGUAUGGCGCCAAACUCUCCUGUUUGAAAGACUCGUCUACAGGCAAUUACUGCGAUGUGCAGAUUGCACAGUGGAAUGAAAGCGAGCCUCAAUACAAUUGGAAUUGCUCGGCGUGUGGGCUGGAAUUCCAACGCAUCCAGCUGGGAUCACCCUUUGGGUACUACGCCCAGGAAGCGAGGGAUUUUGCCUCGCUCACGGCCAGCUGUGGUGUAUCAGGGUAUACAUAUACCAAACCGACCCCCUACGCAAUCAAUGCGAGCGCGACCAUCACUGCCACCAGCCCAAUGUGUACAGCAAGCUCCUACAGCGUCCAGAAAGAGGAUACCUGCGUAACCAUCUCUGGAGCACAGGGGGUGUCUACCUUUGGAUUGAUCCAGGCCAACCAGCUGGACCUCGGCUGCUUCCAUCUCGCGCCGGGGCAGUCGCUCUGUCUGCCACCAACAUGCCAGACACAUCAACUGGAAAUGCUCGAGACGUGCCAGACGCUAGUCAAGGAGCAAAACAUCACCAUGGCACAGCUCCUGGCCUGGAAUCCCAUGAUUGACACGGGCUGUACCAAUUUGGCGUCGUGGAGGGGAUGUUCACCAGGUGGAACAAUCACAGUCCAGCCAGCCGAUGGGACAGCAACGACCCCAGCUCCAGCUCCCACGAAUGCACAGGGUCAAUCUAACCAUAAUUGUGGCCGAUGGUACCAAGUUCAACCCUCGGAUUACUGUGCCGCCAUCUCAGUCAAGUUCCACAUCACAUUGAACGACUUUUACUUUCUCAACCCACAGGUAGAUCAUGACUGUAGCAACCUGUGGCUCGGCACCUCGUACUGCGUGGCUGCCGUGGGUGACAUAUCCACAUACCCCAACUACCCCGCGUCUACUGCCUCCGUCACAUUCACCCGCCCUCCCCCGCCCCCCGCAUUUACCCCAAAGCCGGUCCCCGCAGCGCCCCUGAAGCCGAGAGCCCCGGGCACGGUCGACAACUGUACGUUGUACGGAAACGCUCUACAGUAUGAGAACGGCAUGUUGGCCGAUAUGAUGAACAAGUGCGACAUGUGGGCGGCGUGGGCGGGCGUGACUGUCGCGCAGCUGAUCCGCUGGAAUCCGAGUCUGCGUCCGAGACCGUGUGUCUUAAGUAAGGAAUAUAGCUACUGCAUGGAGAAGAGUAUGAAUGUUCCACCAUUCGGUUACUGCAUGGAACCAAAUACAACUCUCAUCCCAUCCACGUCAGUACAACCAUCUAGUUGCGAUUGCUAUAUUCAAUUCCGAGCCGCUGAUCAGGAACAAUUCACCUGUUCCAUGUUCCCGGCUCUCUUCCACAUCUCUGUGGCAGAGGUGACAGCCCUGAAUCCGUGGCUCGGAUCUGAUUGUGAUGGGCAGAUAUGGCGGUCGAUGUCGGGUGGAUUUGUCCAGCUCUGCGUUUACGGUACAUGA